AUUUUUUUAUGACUUAACUGAUAAAACGAAUUACGUUUAUAUUAGUUUCGAUAAAAUACAACAUUUAAUAUAUGAGAUAUAAAGGUAUGUCGCUUUAGGAGGCCUAUGUCGCUUUAGGUUACUUUCCUCUAUAUAUUGACCGUUUCAGAAAGAAAACUAAUUGCCUUAUACAAAGUUCUCGAUUACAUCUACAAUAAAGUUCAGCAGAUGAAUGUUGAUGUAACUUUCGGUAUUACUUUAACUGAAGCUAAUUUGGCGGCAGCACUUUUGCAUGAGAAUGUGUGGUAUUUGGAAAACAGAUUUCUUAAUGCUCUUGAAGAUAUAAUUGUACUGUGCGAUUUAACUCGAAGAAGUUUGAUGAAUGUCGUUAUUCCGAAAAACGAAAACGAAUUUUUGUUGCAAUCAGUCUUAAAUAAUCCUGAUUUAUGGAUAAAACCUAUAUCAUGGACAAGGAUCUUUUCAAGAGUGAGAUUCAAUUCUAGCCGAUCGUUUAAUUACUUGGGUAUCGUUAAUUCGAUUUGGCGUGGAACACCUAAUGAAACGGAAAGUGAUCGGUGUUUAAUGAAAAUCGUGCAUAGUAGUUUACAUGGAGGAUGUCGGAUUCCCGAAAUUUGUAUCCAAAUAUUAAACAGAGAUGACGACCCGAUGGGAUAUCCUCUUACUCAUAGAUUGCUCAUCAUCCAGAUUGCUAAAGCGCUUGGUUGUCGAGAAAGUAAAUUGGCACCAUUUUCCUAUUUGGUGUCUACGUAUUGCGCCAAGAUUCUUCAACAUCUUGCUAAUCUUGAAGCGUGGAGUUUCCCAAGCGUGGCACCAGAUCUUGCGACUGAGCAAAUUGUUCUGUGCGGUAUGGAGGGUUACUACGAGUUCGCCGAUAAACAUUAUGAAGAUUUGAUAUUGAGUUGGCCGCAUCAGAGUGGUUGUUUCAGUGCAUUUAGACUGUGUAAAUAUGGCAAUUAGAAUUUCGUCUUGAAACUUCGUAACUUUUCAUGUACAACCUUCUAGACCAGAGCUCGGAAUUAGUUAUCCAUUUCGGCCGAUUCUCGAGCUACGCCUUCUAUCUUCCUUUUCCCAUAUAGGAUUUUACUAUUGACCUAAUAAUGGUCCAAGAUUGGUUGCCAGAUCAUCUAGCGCAGUAAUGACGACUAUGCCUGGCCCACCAAUGGGAAUACUAUGGAAUGAUAACUUCGGCCCAGUACUGGCAAAUGGUACUGGCCCAACCGUUGUUAGCUAAUACUUCCCCAGCAUUGGCAGUACAAUCGGUUAUUAAUGAUUAAGUACUACCAAUUCAGUAAUUUAGUAAUUUUUUGGCCAGUAUUUCUAGUAAAUACUGAUAAUAAAAUUACUGUUAAAUAUUGAUAGUAAUCAAAUAUUGAGAAUUAUUGUGCAAAGAUGAAAAAUGAGAAAAUCAUAAUAUUAUAAAAAUAUAUUUGUAAUUUUUAAUUUUCUCAUGUCUCAUAAAUCGCUAAGAACUAAAGAUUGUUAACAACACGUUCCAAACUUUCGCGAAUCCUUCCUCGAUAAUUUCGAUCCCAAACGGUAAUACCGGUUACCCACCCAUGUCCUGACCGCGUCAAGAAGUAUGGCUACGGUAAAAUUUCCAAAAAAUUGAAAACAUUUUUUUGUUUAAACGGUACUUUAUUUUCGUAAAAAUAAAUUGCAAUUCGAUUUAUAACGAAAAAAUAUUUUUUAACGAAGUUAGAGCGAACAUUGUAAGGUAUGAUACAGCAUCGCUAAGCAUAUUGGAGGGCACCGUGGCGCGAAUUGAGCAAAGAUGAACUGCUUACUUGUUGUUUAGGAGGUUACACCCAAAAUAGCGACGAAAGUUUUAAUUUAUUGUAUGGAGAGUCUGGUACCGAAGAG